GUUCAGACUGUUCUCGCACUGGAGGAAGUUGCCCACAUUGCGCCUUCGGGAAGAGGCGUUGGAUGUUUGUUUGACCUGCUUGCUGCUGCUGCUGCUGCUACUGCCAAUGUUCUAACCUUUGAACAGCUAGUAGAAUUUGAACCGGCACUAGGUGAGGACGUCGUUUUCUGUUGGCAAUCGCAGUCGAGGCUGUAUAUUUAUUUUCGCCCAUAUCAACACCGAGGGGUGAUUGACGCGUUCCGAUCCGCGAUAGAUUGUUGGCUGCUGUGAUCUGCGUAAUUUUAUACCUGCCAUUAGCCGUCAAUGGAGUGAAUGUGUGAAAUUAACCGGCUCCCGCCCUGGAGGCUGUUCUCUGUUGGCCGAACUGUCGAACUACCGGUAUUACGGUGUGAAUGCUUUCGUGACGUGAAUUUAACGAAUUGAAAAUAUAGUCAAUUGAAGUGUGCUCGUUGCAGUGCGAGUCGGAUGAAAGAAUAAUAAUAAUAAUAAAAAAAGGCAACUGGCAGUUCAGUUCACAGAUCGUCAAAGAAGUGUAAUUGAUUUGUGAAUAAAUAAUAGCUGAUUGGCAGGCUACCAGGUUGGCAGUUUUCGUCGUUCUCGGAAGUGUGAAAAAGCAUUUGAAUUGUGCUGGGAUGAAGCUUUGUGCCGAUAAAUUUUGUCGGUGAGUGGAUGCAUAUUUUUUUUUGUGGCGGUGCUACUCUGUAUGCCAUUAGUGGGGAGUAACUGGAAAAAAAGUGUUAAUAGUUAUCAGAUUACUUGUUCAGCUUUUGUAGCAAAAAUAUUCGCAAAAUUUUUUUUCUGAGAAUCUGAACUUGUUCAUCCUACAAAAUUCGAAUAGAUACGAUUCCUAAAAAAAUGAUUUAACAUCUUACUCGAAACGGUACUUUAAAAUUCCAGCAUCUCUCACGUUGUAUACGAUUCGACGAAGAAUGUUCGGGUCGUGUUUAUCCCAACAGGCACAUACAAAUUCAGCAGUCGCUUUCUAGCUUCGAGUGUCCGAGUUCAAAUCAAAUUGGAGUGUGAGCUGAAGUGUACAUCAGAAGCGAUUAAAUAUUUAGUGGUUGGAGUGAAACGAAAAUAUCAUCUUUGAUAGAUGUGUUUUAUCCAGUGAGUGGCAUCGCAGCUAAAUAAUAGUACAAGCAUAACAGUGUUUCCUUUCGUCGAUACUCAUCAAAAUCAACAACAAUCAUUUACAGCACGCGCUUUUUCGAGUGUUUUCCAGCGCUUUGUGAAGUGAAGUGCUUUUCAUUUUGGAAGCAUUAGCUUGAGCUCCGGUCGCCUGUCCACAAUCGUUCAUCGAUUUCAAGGAAGGAUUAGUCCCAUUGCUGCCGGGCGAUUGACAAAUCGUUCUGUUUUCCCGAGAUGGACAUGAGAAGCUCUGUCAGGAUUCUAGCAGUAUUGUUCGUGCUCAUCGUGCCUUCGUCGAUGGUUGAUGCCCGACGUUGCUACGUCUGUGGGGAAGGCUCGGAAGCACCGUUUCGCACGGCGAUGGCCCUUGCCGCUGCGUUUGCUUCGUCCUCAUCGUCCUAUCGCCAUCACAACAACACCAGUUCCGGCGGUCCGGCGACGAGCACUUUACCCAAUAUCGUGACCACCUGCGAGGACUUCGAGCGGGACCAAGACGAGCUGGACAAAUACGUGCUCGAGUGUCCCUCGACUUACACCAGCUGCCUCACCCAGGUCGACGGUGACAUGGAGCUGCGAACGUGUGGUGAGAGCCUCACCAUAAACGACUGCAAGAGCGCCAAUAAAAUCGAUUACUGCUACUGCAGCGAAGAUCUGUGCAACAGCCUGAAACGGACGCAAAUCCGGCGGGAGAUCGAAGACGCUCAGUCGGGAGCUCAAUCGGAGCAUCUGAAGCAGCGUGAACCGAACAACAGCGACGACGAAGAUCUUUCCGAGUCAUCCGGAAUGGGUCCGGAUUCCCACGAGAGACAUCGCGCUCCACCGGGUCACCAUCGGACGGUACUGGGCGGAAACCACAACAUCCACAAUCAGAUAGAAAAGGACUUCGCCACAACACAGAUUGUAAUGACGCUGAAACCAAUUCCGACUACCGACAGGCGGAACAACAGCAGCACCCGAGAUGAUCCUGCGAAGCCGGCCAGCAGCGGUGCUAGUAAUUGUCAAUGGUAUCCAGAGCGUAGCAGAAGCAAUUUGCUGUCACUGCUACUGCUGACGGUCGGCGGUGGCCUGCUUUCGCGAUUAACUUGGUUCCGGGGUCACUCGGCAUUCGUUUAAUUAGUGGGAUUGUGAACUUUUAUCUUGAUGUGAUUUCGAGCGCAAAUUGGAUUUUUGACACCGCCAGAUGGGCUGCGUUGAUUUACGAACGACUCAUUUGUUCCGGAUGUGGUUUACCACUAAGUUUAGCUUUUUCUCAAUAUGCCUCUUUCCUACUCUCGGUGAUUUGGACUUAGCUAGCCGGAGUUUUAUUGCCCUCAAUAGAAGCCCAAUGUUAGGACAUUACACACGGUGAUGUUUCUGCGCAAAAAUCUUUCAUUUUAUAUGAUUCAUUUUCAUGUUGGGUUUAUUACCAGCAAUCCUAGAUAAACAGCAAUUGUUUGAAAACGCAAAAGCUGAUAUUUUCGCUAUCACUAAAGAAAUCUUCGUGAAAAACUAUAAUUUUAUUUAGAAAAACGAACUAAAUAAACUGAUUUUUCUUCUUUGAAAAUCCGCUCAACGAUAGUGAAGAAAACUGCUUCUACGUUUUGCAACCAUUGCUGUUUUCCUAAGAAUGUAACAUAAAUUGUCCCUUGAACAAAUAUAUUGGAAGCAAUAUUCAGAUAUUAGCGACCCAGCAAAAUUUUCAGCGAUGUCAGUAGAACUGUCAUUUCCUAUUCAACCAGAGAUGCCAGGUAAAAAAAUUUAAAAUCUUCAGGCUGUGUUGCGAAACUCUGUGAAUCCGAAAAAAAUGUCUUCGGGUUCUCAUUUCUAUAUAAAGUAUGACUCAGAGAACUCUAUAAAGUAAGACACAGAAUUAAAACAAAAAACAAGAGCACGUCCAAUUCAAAAAUCUGUACAUUUUGACGGAAGUCUUCGAAAAACUCGAUUUUAAAAAGUCUGGAGCACUUCAGAAGAAAUCUGCAAAUUUGAAGACAAAUCUGCAAACCUGGCAUCUCUGUAUUCAACAAGCGAUGUAACCACCAGAGAAAUGCUACAAAGAGAGGGCUCCGGUUUGUAGAUUAAGCGAACCAAAAACACGAUCAUGUCUGCAACUUUUGUCACCAGUCAUAAAUUUUUUUUUGAAAUCUUCGGAAUAUCUGAAAAAACUCCACAAAAUCUGUAGAAAUCUGCAGUACUUUUAAGCAAAGAUGCCUGGUAAACAUUUCAAAUUUCUUCAGACAGGGUUGCAGAAGUCUGUACAACCGAAAAAAUGUCUUCGGUCUCUCAUUUCUCUAUAAAGUAUGAAACACAAAACUGGCUAAGCUAGAACUAAAAAACAGCUCACCCAUUUCAAAAGUCUGUAAAUUUUGACGAAAGUCGGCAAAAAACUCGAUGUUCAGAAACCUGCGAAAAAUACUGCAAUAAAAAAUGUUUGCAGCACUACAAGAAAUCUGAAAAUUUCCAGAUGAAUCUGCAGACCAGAGAUGCCAGGAAAAAAUUUCAAAUAUCUUCAGACAGGGUUGAAAAAGUCUGUACAUCAGAAAAAAUGUCUCUAUAAAAUAUGAUACGCUAAACUGACUUGCUGAGGAAAAAAACAAAAGGUCGCGGCGAUUUCAAAAGUCUGUAAAUAUUGACGAAAGUCUGCGAAAAACUCGUUUUUCAAAACUCUGCAACAAUGUCUGCAGCCAAGGAUGGCUUUUAUCGUAUCAAAGAACGCUCACUCGAAACUCUUCACACGAUUCAAUAAGGGCCAUCAAAGAGAGACGGAUAUCAUCGUAGCAACAAAAAACCGGCAUGGUUCAUUUAACAUAGAAUAGACACAAGUGCGAGAGCGAAUUUCUCUCGAUGACCUGUCUGAAGAUCACGAGUUAGCACGCUGCUGUGGGGAUUCUCUCUGAAGCAACAAACGGUCGCUUAUUCUCGUUUCGCGAUCCGAUUCUAUACAGGCAGUUGACAAUUGCGAUAGAAUCAUUCUACUAUUGCCGCUUAUUCUAACUAUGUGCAUAGAACCUUUGUAUAAGUUGUGUAUAUGAAAAUGUAUGUGAAUGCUCCACACAAGGGUUUUGAAACAUUGCAACCUAGUAUGAGAAUCAUCAAGUGGAAUCAUCGAUACGAUUUCCUGCGAUAAUUGUCAACUGGCGAUUCUCUCUUGGUAAAUUCCACAUAGCACCGAUCAUUAACAGACUGCAAAUUUUUUUUAAGAGCUGUGACAUGCUCAGAGUAUGAAGUGGAGCGAAGAAAUUCUCUCUCGGUUCAUGCAUUGAGAGACUCGAGUUCUUGUAGCAUCUUCUACCGGAUUGAAAAUGUUGUAUACAAUAUAGAUAAAAAUCGAGCAGCUUCUGUCAAAUUUUCGGCAAUCACCAACACUGUCUGCAGCACUAUCAUGUGAUGUAAAUUUUGACGAAAGUCUGCGAAAAACUCGAUUUUCAAAAGUCUGCAUAUACGAAAUCUGCAGAUUUACAGACAAAUCUGCAGAUUUGACAUCUCUGCUGCAGACCUGGCAUCUCUGCAGAUACAAACUUCAAACCUGACAUCUCUGGUAACCAUAGUAUAUCAUACGUGUUUUGUUGUCUUCAUUGCAUCCAAUAAACUAUUAAAAAAAUCAAUGAUUUUCUCAAUUCUUCUAUUGGAUUUUAUGACAAACGAGUUUCAAUACACGUUAGUUGCUAAUGCAUACUUAUGAUUCAAAGUGCUUUGGAUUAAUUGUUAAAAGAUACUAAAAAUUCAAUAUUUAAUAUUUUCUGUGAUUGAAACAUCGCAUUGAAGUCUACAUCACAUUGACUUACUCUGAACUUCGUUCGUUGGAGAAACAUAGAGAAAUGACAAAUGCGUUGUAUGUUUAUUAUUUCACCACAACAAAUUUCAAAGUGUCGGGUUUCUUAUGGACUUCCGGUGAAACCCUCAACGAAUGAACACGCUGUAUCGUGUUAGUGCGGUGAAAAUUUGAAUAUUUCGCGAAAAAGAAAGGAUUUUCAUUCGUACUUUGGCGACUCCACGUUGUCACAUAGCGAGGUUUUCACUUGUAGUCCAGUGAAAAGAAAGUCCAUUGGACUAUAAACGAAAAUUAACUGGCAAUAUAGCUAAGUCGCUGUGCCAUCACUCGGUGUCAUCUCAAGUGAUGUGACACCACCAGAAGUGAAGAGGAAAAAGAAGAAGGGGUUUUAUGGUAAAAAAACAAAUGUCAGCAUCCACAUUGGAGAGGAACUACAGGCGAACCGAGUAUUACAAUACAGUAGAGUAUUGAUUUUAACAUCAGACGAAAGGGGAAACUAAUUCCCGGCAAGUAUCAAAUUCAUUAAAAUUCCUCUUCGAAGUGAAUGUUGACGAAUGGUUUAUUGGCAGUUAUCAAAAUGAAAAAAAAAACGCAACAAGUAUUCGUUGACGACGUUCUAUCUGAAGGUGUCAAGAGUUCAUGUCAUUUUUUAGCCGUUCAGAAUAAGAUGAUACUAGAGCGAUCCCUAGUCAUUAUAGUUGAACUAUGAAUGUGAAAUAAUAAUCCAUUAGAUAAAAGAUGGAAUCGCAAAUUGUAAUCCGUUCCAUGUUUUCGCUUAUGUGUUUUUGUAAUCAUGUUUCCCAAAUUGGAAAAAAGUUAAAGCCACAAUAGAAUGGUUGAAAAGUGUAUCGCUGUUCGUAUGAUUAAGUCUUAAAAGUCAUCUGUCAAAUUUUCAACUCAAGGGUUAAUUUGAACCACAUUUUUGGUUAUGUUUACACUCUCCUCGAUCCAGGUUGCUUGAUUAUCAAAACAAUGAAUUAGUAGCUGAAUGUAGUGAAUCGAAUCUAUGUUAAUCAAUAUCAUUUAUUCCCAUUUUAUGUAUUCGAAUUACUUGGAUACAUUUUUAAGUUUUGAUAACAGUACUUCUGUUGAAUUUGUCAUCAACAAAUAAUGUUUAUUUAUUUUUCUCAUUUGGUUCAAUGUUUGACAGUUCGUUUGGUUCUUUUUGGUUGCACACUUUGCGUGACUCUUAUCAUAACGAGGACUCUAAUCAAACGUAUUUAUUAUCAGUAAAUCUUGAAAUGUAGAUCUUCAAAAAUCGGCAGGUGGCUUCUAAGUCCUUAUCAUAAGCAAAGCGAUACUUGUUCGUUCACGUUCGUUUCCCCCGUUUAGAAUCACACAGCAUUGCAAUGAUUUCCUACAGCAUAAAUACAUUUACAUCAAAGAAAAAGCCACACCAAAAAUAAAAUAAACGAGCUCAACUGAUUUCCCGUGAAAUUUUUCUUUUCACAAACCAUUCUAAAUAGAAAAUCGACACAACUGUGAUGGUGCUUUCGGAGCUUUAAAAGCACACCAGACACAAAGAAAUAUUCCUUUAGUUAAGUUUUUAUGUUAAGAUCCGUUUGAAGGAGAAUAUCAUCCUAUUGCCAAGUGAAGAUGAAAAAAUGCUCAGUUCUUUCAAAAAAAAAAACAAACGAAAUAGUCCGCAAAGGAAUUUAGCAAACUAAGUGUUAAUGUGUCUCGAACCGAGCGAAUGAAAAGCUAGUAGUUUCCCCUCACUGAUUUGUAAAUAUCGAUUGUAAAUAAUUAGAAUCAUCUACAGUGUUUAGUUUGAAAAUGCAAGACGAAAUCCAACACCAUAUGAUGGACAAACGAAAGAAAUUUGAAUAACUAAUCAAGAUGUUUUGUCCGGUAAAAGUGUACGAAGUAUGAUUUGUUUUGUCUAUUUUACAGAAACCGUUAAAAGCUUACCAAUGUUCUUUGCCAAUGUCCAACGAUUACAAUAUGAAUGAGUGGAAUGGUAGAAAAAGUUUUGAAAAUGUCCAUCCAAACGCGCUGCAAAUCGUGCCACCCUGAAAACAUAAAGAGAAGAAUUCGCAGUUACGAUACUGUUGUACUACAAAAAAUAUUUUCCAAUGUUGAUUACUUAUGUUUAGAGCAAAUUCUGCACCUGCAAAAUUUAUAUGGAAUAUUUAUUGACCAUUCUGACAACUCACUUACUAUGAGUUGUAUUCAUCACGAAACAUCAAACAUUUUUAAGUACGCUUCAGACGAUCAGUCAACUUCUGUCAACGUUAACGGAACUUCGUCUGUAAUUUAGAUUAGUUUAAGGACAUUUCAUUAUUGACACGAAUACACCUUCCCGACGUAUAAACGUUCCGAGAGGCAUCUCGAAAAGAAUAAAGACAAAAAUGCCACAAAACAGUGUGACACACAUGAAAUGUCAGUACGUCACAAAAGAACGAAGAAGAAUAGAAGCACAAUGAAUACCGCGUUUGGAUAAAUCCCCUAUGAAUUCCAGUUGCUUUCUCCUGGAUUUACAUUCGCUUGACAUUUUUUUCUCAAUUUCACUAAUUCAUAUUUGAAUGUUUUUACAAAAAAAAUCAUGUCUAAGAAAAGAGUAUUACACGUCGAGAAUCAAGGCAAAAUAGCGAUAACCGUACAUUGAAUGAGCUACAAGUAUGCAAUUGAUUGAGCCACAUGAUGAUGGAAAAUGAUGAAAUAGUUUUUAGAUUAUUAUUUAUACAAACUACCCGAAAUGAAUGUACGAUGCGUAUACAUUGAGUGUUUCUAGGAAUAAAAUUUAGCGACAAUGAAUUCCGAUUUCUCAACUUGUUGAACCGAAUAUUAGUACGGAUUAAGUAAAUACCGCAUGACCAUAAAUCUCAAGCCCAAAGGGUGCGUUGAUGAGAGUAGUGCACCAAAUCUAUAUUUAAUCCAAAUAAAGAAAACGAUGAAUAAUCCAAUAAUUAUAGCAAUGAAGUAUGCUGAAAUGUCCCUCAAACGAACCCCCCAACCAUGACGUGACGUACAAGUCGUGAAUGGUGAAGUAUAAUUUACGAAUACACCUAUAAGUAAUACUGUCACUUGCCAUAUCUAGAAUGAAUAAUAAAACCGUAAAAUUAAGUAAGUA